AUGGAUGGAUGGAUGGAUGGAUGGAUGGAUGGAUGGAUGGAUGGAUAAACCAAUCGGGAGGUUGUGGGUUAACUGAUUUAACUGGAUUAAUUUGGUUAACUGGUUUAUUUGGGUUAACUGGUCUCCAGUACCUCAUCUCCUCCCUCUCCCUGUGACACACAUGGGACGCGCUCCUCUCCCGCACGCCCCCGCAGUAAAAGCGGGCUUCCCGCGGGGAGCCGCUCAGACUCGGAGCCAGACGGACCCGCAUCCUGCCGCCGCCAUGCUGGACAGCCUCACCUUCCUCCUGGAGCGCCUCUUCCUCCUCGCCCACAUCAAGCUGUCCAGCCUGCUGCCCCCGCAGCUGGCCCGCAGCUGCGAGCGGGAGGACCCGCUCCCGCAGCCCCCCGCAGCAGCAGCAGCAGCGGCAGCCCCGCACAGGUUCCAGCGCGGGGACCUACUGGAGGUCCCCCGAACCCUCUUCACGCACUUCGGGAUCUACCUGGGCGACAACCGGGUGGCGCACCUGAUCCCGGACAUCCUGCCGGUGCUGAGCUCCGACAGCCGGCGGAUCCAGCAGAUGGUGACCAACAGCCGGCUGCUGCUCGGCGUGCUGACCAAGCGCGCCAGCAUCCGGGUGGACUCGGUGGAGGACUUCGCGUACGGAGCCGGGAUCCUGCUGAACGCCAUGGACCGGGCGGUGCCGCACAGCCCGCUGCCCGGGGAGGACGUGGCCCGGCGGGCCGAGCGGCUGGUCGGCGCGGUGUCCUACAGCCUGCUGUGGAACAACUGCGAGCACUUCGUCACCUGCUGCCGCUACGGGGCCGCGCAGAGCCUGCAGACCGACCAGUUCUGUGAGUGGCUGAAGUCUCUGAUCCGGGACCAGCGCAGCGUGGUUCUGACCGGCCUGCUGGGCCUGCUGACCAUGGCGUGUUUGGGCGUGUCCGCCGGCACCGCCCUGCCCUCCGCCCUCAUCCCCUUCACCCUGUGGAUGGCCAGCUAAGAGGCAGCAAACCCAGAGACUCUGUUCAUCUGGCCUUUAACUAGACCGUUUUUUGUCGCCUCGUCUGAUUGAUCUGGCAGUAAAAACGCUUUCUACUAGUUUGGACACUUCUCACUUUGUUAUAAUGUUGUUUUCUGUUAUUGUUUUUAUUUUCUCUCCUGCUGAAUAGAAACUUCAUUUGAUGAAUAUCAGCCAAUCAGAAGGCAGAAAGGAACCAAAACAUUUUAGUUCAGAUUUUAAAGAUUUUGGACUAAAUCUUGAGUUAAAUCCCACAUUAACUCUGCUCUGUUUCUAAUUUGUAUCUUUGACGGGUGGAUCUGUUUAAACAUUUGGUUUCUCCCUCCACUCUGCUCUUGUUCCUGAUAAAGUUUGGCUCCUUUUCUACGCAGCAUGUCAGGAAUCUGUUUGGCUUUUUGUUGUUUUUGUUUCAGCACUGUAACCUGGUGAAGAUGUAAAUAUCUGUAAAUAUCCUUCUGGACCUGAUUGUUUCCUAACAGUCACAAACUUUUUUUUUUACCGUUUUAUAACUUGUUAUAUUGUGUUUUAAUGUGUAAAUAAAGCAAAUAGAA